AGGACGUUGAGAGGUCGCGAAAGGCAGGAAUAGAAAAUCAUGGCCGCCUCAAAUUAGUUUACAUUUGUCUUAUUUCUUUAUAUUUCUCGAUUUCUGCCUUUAAACGCACAGUCUAAUCUGGUUUAACUGACUGACUGUGGAUAAUACGUUUAUAUUUGACUCGCAGAGGAUGUUUAGAUGUCUCGUGAGCUCAUCUGGCUGAUAUUGACAGUUUAAAACUACAGCGAUCAAAAUCUUCUGAUGUCUGAUUUCAUAGCUGAACCAAACCAGACAGUUAUUGAAGUGCAGAGGACAGACUCAAUGACUGCUGAGUAGAACUGUAUCAGCAGCGCCUGUGGCAGGUUGAAUUUCCUCAACUGGCGAAGGAAGUACAACCUCUGCUGGACCUUUUUCACAAUGGAGUCAAUCCCAUGUUGACUGCAUCAUCCACAGACCUGUUUGCUUGAUAAGCAAAUUGAAGGGGAUCUAGAAAGAGUCCAGUGAUGUCCUUCAGGUGAUGGCGCAGGUGUCUGUGAGGGGUUUGUACUUCAUCAUAACUCUGUUUCUGGCCAGUUUCUUCGGCAGUAUCUUCAUGUUGGGUCCAGUGCUGCCAGUGAUGCUGAUGUCCCCUGCAUGGUACCGCUGGAUCACAGACCGGAUUGUAGCCACCUGGUUCACGCUUCCUGUGGCUCUGUUGGAGCUGGUGUUUGGUGUGAAGGUUGUCAUUACCGGUGAUGGUUUUGUUCCUGGUGAACGGAGUGUGAUAAUAAUGAACCACCGCACUAGACUGGACUGGAUGUUCCUGUGGUGCUGUCUGCUGAGGUUCAGUUAUCUGCGUCUGGAGAAGAUCUGCAUCAAAGCGGCACUGAAAGUCGUCCCUGGAUUCGGCUGGGCGAUGCAGGUCGCCUCCUUUAUCUUUAUCCACCGUCGCUGGGAUGAAGACCGCAGUCACAUGACCAACAUGCUGGAAUAUUUCUGCCACAUCAGAGAACCAGUGCAGCUGCUGCUGUUCCCUGAGGGCACUGACCUCACCGAAAACACUCGAGCCAAGAGUGAUGAGUUUGCUGAGAAAAACGGGCUUCCAAAGUACGAAUAUGUUCUUCACCCGCGGACCACCGGAUUUACCUUUAUCGUUGACACGCUGUACAAAGGACAGAAUUUAGAUGCGGUCCACGAUAUCACUGUUGCAUAUCCUCAAAACAUCCCACAGACGGAGCGCCAUCUAGUGCUCGGCCUGUUCCCCCGUGAGAUCCACUUUCACGUGCGUCGCUACCCGGUGUGGACUCUGCCACGGUCUGCGGCGCAGCUGCAGCUGUGGUGUCAGGAGCGCUGGAUGGAGAAAGAGCGGCGACUGCACGACUUCUAUCACGCCGUUCCACGUGGCUUCGAUGAUCCCAAGGCUCGCGUGCCGCCAUGCAAGAGCGAGCUGAGAGUGGCGCUGAUUAAAGCGGUGUCACUGUUGUACUGGAGCGCCUUCAUCAUGCUCUCGUUUGUCGCUCUGUGGCUCUGGGCUCCUGUGCGGAUCUACUUUCUGUUGGUGGUCAUCUUCUUCCUGGUUCAGCAGAAGGUGGUAGGCGGGGUGGAACUGAUGGAGUUAGCGUGUUAUCGGCGCAAGAACGCCAUGACUUCAACGAAUCCAGAGCAAGAUGUAACGCAGCAGAAGAGAGAAUGAAAAGCUGGACUCUGAUUGGUGCGUUUGUAUAUUUAAAGUCAAUGGUGAUGCCUGCUGUCUGCCGCGGCCUCCUGCCUUUAAUGCGCUCCUGUUCGCUUGAGCAGACGUAGCGUAUCGCACUUCACUGCUGAAAGCCACAUCACAGACAGAGAGACCCGCAAAAUAAAAAAUAGAGGAUUUCGAAAUAAUGUUCUACUACAUUAUGAUAAAAAAAUGAGAAGCUGGUCAUGCUGUUUUACAAUUACCACUGUGAACGAGUGUGAGUGAGCGUUUUGCACAUGUUUGUGCCGAUGUUUUACCAUUGGACUCGUCUUUUUGAAUUCCUACAACACACUCGUGUUUCUCUCUGCUCAGUUUUAUUUUCUUGUUUGUCUUUCCAUCUCGUGUAAAGCUCUUAUUUCUUUCUUUGUGUUUCUUAGUUCAUCAUUUGCUCAUUUUGCUUUGUCAGUAUAAGUUACAGCCAUAUUUUAAAGAAUUAUUAUGUUUUUCUCUUGUUUCUUCCUUUUAUAGACACUGCCUGUCCCCCAAAAAAGUUGUCGUUUGGAUUUAAAUAAGCAGAUACAUAAGAGUCUAUGAUUGGAUCAUUAUUGCAGUGAUUAACAUGUUUCAGCUGGCAACAGUUCUUUUAACUCUAACUGAUGCAGUGUAUAGCUUCUCAUUUCUUAAACAACCAUGUCAGAAGAUGUAUCCCGUGGUCUUGGAUAAGAUGUUACUGUGUUUCAGAAGGGGCAAAUUAUUGUCCUGCAUCAAGCAAAGAAAACAUCUGAUUGCUGAAAUCACUGGAAGUGGGUUAAGAACUGUCCAAUGCAUUAUUAAAACCUGGAAGGAUAAUGGUGAACCAUCAGCUUCAUGGAAGAAAUGUGGUUGGAAAAAAAUCUUGAAUGAUCGUAAUCUGAGAUCACUAAAACACUUGAAGUCACAUGGUAAAAAAUCGACAGUAGAACUCACGGUUAUGUUUAAUAGUGAAAGAGCAUUUCCACACUCACAGUGCGAUGAGAACUUACAGGAUUGGGAUUAAACAGCUGUGAGGCCACAAAAAAAGUCACUUGUAAGUGAGACUAAUUGGAAAAAACGACUUCUAGGCAGCGUUUGCUAGGGAGCAUAACGAUUGGACUGUGGAGUAAUGGAAAAAGGUCAUGUGUUCUGAUGAGUCCAGAUUUACCCUAUACCAAAGUGAUGGGCGCAUCAGGGUAAGAAGGCAAGCACAUGAUGCACCCGUCAUGCAUAAUGCCGACUGUACAAGCCUCUGGAGGCAGUGUUAUGAUCUGGGGUUGCUUCAGUUGGUCAGGUCGGGGCUCAGCAACGUUAUGUGGCAAUAAAAUGAAGUCAUGUGCUGAAUGACCAGAUUAUCCCAUCAAUGGAUUUUUUUUCUUCCCUGACGGCACAGGCAUAUUCCAGGAUGACAAUGCCAAGAUUCAUUGGGCUGAAAUUGUGAAAGAGUGAUUCAGGGAGCAUGUGGAAUCAUUUCCACACAUGAAUUGGCCAGCACAGAGUCCUGACCUUAACCCCAUUGAAAGUCUUUGGGAUGUGCUGGAGAAGACUUUACGGAGUGCUUCAACUCUCCCGUCAUCAAUACAAGAUCUCGGCCAAAAACAAAUGCAACUCUGGAUGGAAAUGAAUGUUGUGACGUUGCAAAAGGUUGUGAAAACAAUGCCACGAUGAAUGCGCACCGUAAUCAAAGCUAGAGGCGGUCCAAUUAAAUAUUAGAGUAUGCGACUUUUUCUUUGGCCAGGCAGUGUAUUUGUUUUAUUUUUGUGGAAUACAGCCAUAACACAUUAUCGUUGUUUUCAUGUAAAAUAAUGUCAAAGGAUAUUUAAAUAUUGUCAAACAAAAGAUACAAAACUCUGUAUCAAUACUUCAGCUGUUGACGUUUGUGUCAAAAGUUUGUAAAGCAUUUUAGCGUGUUUUAUAAAAGCUCAUUGCACUUCAAACAUGUGGCCGUUUAAUGCAUGUUGACAGCUGCCGUUGCAUGAGCUGCAGUUAAAGCGCCAAAUGAACGUAAGUGGAGCAUUCGCAGUGAUGUCAUAACUGGUAAAGCUGCUGUUAAGAUGAAGCUCGUGUCUUGUUUAAGUAAUUUCAGGAAGUCACAUGAUGGCAGUAGACGGUAUCUACUGUAACUUUAAAGACAAUCUGCAUUGAAAGCUCAAAAAUCAGGGUAAAUAUUGUGAGGCAUUUACGAGUGUACAAUAUUUCAUAGUAACUUACUGCGGUAGAUUUAUUGUGUCAAAUGUAAGACCUUCCCGUCCUGCUGCCCAUCUCAUUCUCGUCUCACUUCGUCUCCUUCAUCCCUCCCUUACUGUCAUUCAUCUCACUCAAACUCUCUAGUUGAUCUAGACGUCUCCUGUCGGUCUCACCUUUGACCUCUCUCAUUCCUCUGAUGUGAUGUCACCCAUCAAACACGUUGAUUCAUAAACACUAAUGUUGUUGUCGGCCGCCCGUUAUUAUAAAGACAGCAGUUCAGAUGGUGUUGUGAUGAGUGAUUCUGCUGGUGUAUUUGAACUGGUUUGGAGGAGGAAGACCGGUUCACUGUGAUGGACAAUAUAAUGUCUGUAUUACCAAAUGUGGACUCAAUGUUAUAAAAUCAUUCAGUCUGUUUCUCAUCUAUCACUCAGGUAUAUUCGAUCACUGUAAUCACACCGUUGAGCAAAUAUCAAUACUCCAAUAAAUCGAUGACCUGUGCUCCUUUUCAACCUUGAGUCCUGUUCAAUCUAUCUGCAAACGUUCAAUGAAGAGUAUGUCUUGCUCAUGUUGGAAAGUCACUUUAUGAAUAAAUCAGAGAGAUGUUGAUGUAUUUUUGGUGUUUCUGUAUCCGCUAGUGUUUAAUACAGAAUAAGCUGCUGCUGUUCAUGAGAUGUUGACAUGUGACCAAACGUCUGCCAUUGCUGUUACACAACACACAUCAGGGCGAGACGUUUGAUGGUGAAGUGGGGUUGCCGUGACUUCACUGUUGCCCGGUAACAUGAUGCAGAAUGAUGUCAAUGGAAACAGCAUAUACAUGUGUAUAUGUGUAUGGACAUGCACUGUAACAUCAUGGGUCAAAUCUGUUUCUCUUGAGAAAGGCUGUGAGUGUCAGAACAGAGAAUGAGCAGAAAACCGAUUCAGAGCCCUAAAAAUAGACUGCAGGGAUUAACAGGGCAAUUAUAAUUCAAUAUUCUGCUGAGGUGUGGUUGUCACAUUCAAGUGAACACACACUGUAAUUGCCAUUUCCUGUUUGCUGGCCAUGUCAUUGAGUUGAUAUGCCUUUCCUGAAGAAAAGCUUUAACACUCUCUGUGGCAAGAGCAAUCAUCCUGAAAAAUGACUUCAUCAUCACCAAACCUAUUUUCUAUGGAUGGAAUGAGAAAAGUGUCCAAACUUUCAAGGUACACCUGUGCACUGAGUGUUGAGGUAAUGAUUGCCAUCUCCCCUGGUCCUUUACCUGACAUGCAACCUCAUAUCAUAAAUGGCUGGAGAAAUUUGAUUGUUUUCUUCAGACAGUCAUCUUUAUUUGUUUCAUUAGAACGGCACCAGACAAAGUUCCAGCAUCAUCGCCUCGACCAAUGCAGAUUCGUCACUGAAUAACACUUUCAUCCAAUCAUCCACACUCAAUGAUUGCUUCUCUUUAGCCCACUGGAGUCUUGUUUCUUCUGUUUAGAUGUUAGUGCUGGUUUUCAUUUAGCUUUUCUAUAUGUAAAUCCCAUUUCAUUCAGACGAUUUCUUACAGUUCUGUCACAAACAUUGACUCCUGUUUGUUUUUCAUUUGUUUUGUUUUUGCAUUUUCUAUUUUCAAGGCAUAUUGCUUUGAGUUUUCUACCCGUAUGUUUUCCUUUUAUAACCUUCCCAUUUUGUUUAUGCUUGCACCAAAUUUUAGACACAGAUGCCUAGGAACAACCAACUUCUUUUGCCACACUCUGUGUUGGAUUUCCUUCUUGAAAGAAUUAUAUAAUCCUUUCCAUUGUUUCAAUUGGCUUCUCUGUUGUUGCGGCGAUGUUUCCUUUCAAUAAGACCAACAGCUCGUUAAGAUCUGUAAGCACUCUCUUUUAACUGCACUCAUUUGUACUUCAGACUUGUGCUGGUAUUUGUUUUAGAAAUGUAAAUUACAAGGUGAUUCCAUCAUUUUUUUCCUCUACUUGAUCAGAGAAAAAAAAAAAAAUGCCAUUAAUUAAGAUAAUGUAAUUUAAUUUGUUUGAGGGAUGUUUCACAAAAAUUGUUUUGUGUCAUAUCUGUGAUCUGUUAAUUUGCUACGAAGUAAAAAAUCUGUGUGAACAUC